AUGGAAGAUUCACUAUCCAAUCUGACGAAUGACAGUGUGAAUUCAAGCUAUAAAAACCCUAGGCUGUUGGGUGUGCGUAUUCCGGAGAGAAUAGGGCAAGGUUGUGCAAAAGAAGACAUAGUAGUGAAUCAGAGCCCCGAAUCCCCCAUGCCAAACGGAGUUCCAUCAUACAGUGUAGAAAUUCAGAAUUUGUGCAGCACAGGCUGCUCGAUAGCACAAGUACACGUCACCUGCGGAUGGUUCAGCUCUGCAGUAGAGAUAGAUCCAAAAUUAUUCAAGCGUUUGAGCUACAACGACUGCCUUGUCAACAAUGGGCGUCCCAUAAAAGCCGGAGGAUCCGUAUCCUUCGUUUAUGCACAAACUUAUAAAUAUCCCAUUGCAGUCUCCUCUGUGAAAUGUGUCUAA